AUGGCCCAAACCAAUCCCAACUCCCAAACGCUACCCUCCUCUCUACCACCCCCCGGAACCAUGUCCGAACGCGAGUUCCGCGCCCUCGAAGAAUGGGUUCCAACGGAGACUCUCAGAACUCGUGCGUCUGGUUAUCUGAGAGCUCAAGCCCAGACUCAGGAUCAUAACCAGUCCCAGCCCCAGGCCCAGCCCCAGCCUCAGGGUCAGGGUCGAGGCCAGGGUCGAGGCCAGGGUCGAGGUCAGGGUCGAGGUCAGGGUACAUUCAACAAUGCCAACGCCCACGGCAAUGCUAGCGUUAAUUCCAACGCCAGCUCUAACGCUAACGCUAACUUCGAAUACAAUAACGUUCCCGCCGGUCCAAGACGGGGGACUCAGACCACGAACAAAAGACGCGGACGCGGCAGGGGUCGUAACCGUACGUCUUCGAUUUUUGAGGAGUGGAAGGCUCAGGCUUUGGUCGAUGGUGGGCAUAAGCGUGAUGGCAACGAUGGUCAGAAGGUGGUGAGCAGUAACGAGAAAAGCUCUACUGGUGCCGGUGCUACUACUUCCAAUGUCGGUGGCACUGUUGCUGCUGCCACUGCUGCUGGUUCUUCUACUACUGGACCUACUGGUACCUCUGCCUCUACCGCUGGCCGAUCCGUGGGUCAACCGGCUGCCGGCCAAGCCACUUCUACUCCCGUUGGUUCUAGUGCUACAGGAACAAAGGGCCGCUCAUACCGCGGAAGAGCUAGGAAUGACUCUCUUGUUCGUCAAGGAUCUGGUGCCACUGAGGGCGGACAGAAGAAGAUCGUGAGCAACAUGAACACCACUGCUGCUCCAGCGGGCCCAUCUGCUAGUUCUUCUAACACUCGCCUUGCUGGCUUCUCUAAAGUCCAGCAUGUUGGUCCUGUCGCUGACGCCAAAGGAACGAAGAGCCAGCCCAGAAGUGAUGGAGAUGUUGCUCACGUUCGUCAAGGAUCUAAGUCCAUUAAAGGCGGACAGAAGGUUUCGAGUGCCACUCAGGGUGCUACUGUUGCUACGGGCCUGUCUGCUCCUUCUGACACCCGCCCUGGUGCCUCGGCUGCUGGCUCUUCUGAAGCCAAGCAUGCUGCUUCUACUGCCGAUACUAACACUGAGGUGACAAAGGACAGUUUCCAACCGGAGGAUUCCAAUUCUCGCCAAGGAUCUGAGGGACAGAAGGAUGCUCCUGUGUCUACAAUCCCUACUUCUGAAUCUCUCCUUAUUGGUCCAACUGUUGGUCCUUCUCAAAGCCAGCAUACCGCUAUUAAAGGCGAAUCGAGCAAGGUGACUAUUGAAGAUAGCACCGUGGGCCCGUCGGCUGGCUCUUCUGGCGUGGCUGACACGACGACUGGUUCCGCCGGUCAGGAUACUACUACCGAUCAAAGCGAACCGACAAAGGGCCUAUCGCAGUCAGGAAAUGGCGGAAAUGAUUCUCAUGCUCGUCAGGAAUCCGGACCUAGCUCCACUAAAGUCGAAACGAGCAAGGCUAGCAAGGACAGCACUGCCGCUCCUACUAACCCAUCCGUUGAUCAUUCAAAGGCAUCUGCUAGCUCGACUGGUAACGACAAAUUUGCUACAAUUUCUGGCUCUCGUUCUCGCCGCGGAGGAAUGAAAGGUUCGCAUCGUCGCGCCAAAUCUGGAUCAGCCUUCACUGAGGGUGAAUUGAAGAACGUUGCAAGCUCAUCUGCUGCUCCCGCUGACUCUAUCCCCGUUGGUUCCAUCACCGAUGGAGCGACAAAGCAGCCAGUUACUGCUGGCGGUUCUCAGCCCCAGACCGGGAAGGGUAAUAAGAGCCGCCAUGGUCGCCAGAAGUCUGCAUCUGUCUCUACUGGAGAGUCUGGAAAAGCCGUGGAUAACAAGGAGAGUAAGAAAUUAUCUACGAAGCAGUCGAGCGCUCCUGUUGGUUUAAUGGUUGGUCAAAACAAGACUGAUGUUAGCUCUCGCGCACCUAAAGCGGAUGCGAAGAGCUCUCAGGCUCGUGGGGUCUCUGUUUCUAACUCUGCCGGAGAACCAAAGGCGGAGAAGGAUAGCUCUGCUAAGUCAAAGGAGUUUGUCAAACCUUCGAGUGAACAGGCUGCUUCAGUUGCUCACGCCUCUGGAGGCCAAGCCAAACCUGCUGGCUCUCACUUGCGAUCUGCAACUGGCGAGGAGAGCGUUCGUACUCGUCAGGCGUCUGUUUCUGCCUUCGUUGAAGAAUGGAAGGAGAGCACUGCUGUCUGCAAGGAGCCUCCCGUCAAGACUUCGGGCGCUCCUGUUCCAUCGACUACUGGCUCCCCUGAAAGCCAAUGUGCCGUCGCUAGCUCUCACUCGCAGCCUGAAACGAGCGAAGAGGACUUCCAUGAUUGCCAGGUGUCUGUUGAUUCUACCGAAGAGUCGAAGGAAGCAGUGAGUAGCAAGGCGGCUACUGCUGCCUCUGAGGAAUCACCGAUCAGAUUUUCAGGUGUCCCUGUUGCUUCGAUUGCUGGUCCGUCUAAGAUCCAGUCUGCUGCUGUCAGUUCCAAUUCGCAACCUGAAGCAGCCAUUGAGGAUUCCCGUGUUCACCAGAAAUCUGAGCAUACACCAACCGAGAGUCAACCGAAGAAAACCGAGGGUAACAACGGCGGUACUAAUGCAGAAAUGCCUGCUAGUCAUUCGAGUGCUUCUGUUGGCUCCUCUGCCGGCCAGCCUGAGAGCAAGCCUGCCGUGGUCGUUGGUUCUGAUGAGGCCCAGGACGAUACAAUGCAGGGAAAGAUAGGAAAGAAUACCCAGCGUUCGUCUGAAUCCACUUUCGCCGUUCAAACCCCGGAGAACAAGUCAAGCCAGCCCAUCCCCAAAGGCCCCAAGGCUGACGCUGACCGCUGUGUCUCGACCACCGUCAACAAGAAAUCGGACAAACGGGCUGUUUCCAGACAGCAUGAACAGGAGGGAUACACGGCUCCGAACGGCACAUUCCUCAACAAGAAUCAACUGGCGAGAUUGGCGGAUGGUAUCAAGAAUGCGAAUGGGGACACUGCCUAUUUUCAGCCUAGCUUCAUUGAGGAUCCUUGGGCGGGAAUGAAGCCGGUGAAGAUUCCAUGUUCUCGUCGUUAG